AUGAUUGGUUUGAAUAUAUGGAUUAGAAUGUACAGAAAAUAUCAAAUCCGAAAAUAUUAGAAAAUUAAUAGGAUUCCGAUUAAGGUGAAAUAUUUUUCAAGAAAAGAUAAUCUUGAUAUGUAAUUAAUUAAUUAUAGUAGAAAUAGCCAAGAUUCUUGUUGUUGAUCAACCAUAUAAUAAAGAACUGAAGGUUUUAGGCACCGUGAUGAAAAUUAUCUAAAAAUUAAAAUAGCUAGAUAUUAACAGUGUUUAAAGCCAUCUAAUGAUUUAGGAACAUCAGAUUGA